CACAAACUUGUUCUGCCAUUUUGGCCCUCAAUGGAGUGUUAAUUUUCGGGGAUUGACCUGCCAAACAUACGGAUGGAUACCUAUGUGAAAAGCAAUUUUGCAGGUUAAUUGAAAAGAAACACAUGGUGCUGUCGGUUCAUCAGCGUACGUUUCAACGGUCUGGGCAACAACGUUGAAAAUGGAUGCGCUAUAAAGGUAUUGAGAAUAAAUCAUUUCAGAUGGCCAUAGUAAAAUGCACUCCAAUGGCUACAAGCGACCUUUUGAGCCAACCGGAUCCGUAAGGGAAUAGACGAUAACAGGGCGAGCGCUGACAAGUAGACCGGAAUCGCACCUGUUUUUGGAACAAAUCGCAGACAUUUAACAUCAUUGCGCAAAGUAAACUUUUCUUUUAGGCUAUCGCAUCUCACCUUCCAUCCGAGAUCGCCCUAACACGAAAAGAAUCAAAAUGUUGCCAAUCAAACUAAAGGUUACAAUCGUAGGACCCACAAUACCGUAAAUAAAUGCAAAAGCAUCAGCUGUGUCACUGUCUACGCCAGGCACUGGAUUAUUUGAAUCCGAAAUUUCAAUAUGUAUCUUUCGGGAAAUGAAACCUUUCGUGGCUGCUGUAGUUGUUUGCGUAUUGCUGUCCAAUUCCAAAAAGUGCAGAGCCAAGAUCUCAUAUUUAUCCUAUGGAACAGCGAAUAACUGAGAAAUCCGAAGAAGUUUGAAACUGAGGAGCUAAUUUCGUUUUUAGAAACGCAUCGACAAGCAGAACAGAGCAAUAACCGCCGAAUCACACCGUCUUCUCCAAUCAAUCAGAACCUACUACAUGCCCCUUCUGCUCCCGUUCUUCCUUUAUAAGCCAGUUUAUGUAGACCGAGGAUAAAAUUCGUACCUUACGCCUUGCUGUUACAAAGAAGAAUCCAGAGGAUAACCAGCCGCCCAAUGGUCUUUGGCUCAUGAUCGUUGAACCAAUUCUGCAACAUGAGCAACACGUAUUUUCCUACUUCCAUUUCCUUCCUCCGCUUUUAAAACUUGGCAGCGUGAUCGAAACAAUUGACGCAUGACACUCGCAAGCCAUUCUAAUGCAACGUCGGUCAACGCGGUUACAGCACGGCGGCAGCGUUGACGUCGCGCAUGUUAAAUCAUCGAUCUGAAUCCGGAUCAUGUUACGGAUCGCUUUUUUCGUCCAGUUCAAGCGUUUCGUAUGUUUGGGCAGCUUCAACUAUCUGCUCGUGUGCCACAUCCAAGCACGGCCGUAGCGCAUCAUCCAAUGCGUCGACGCCCUGUCCGGCAUCGUUUCCGUUACCGUGACUUGUUUCACCACUACCCAUGCCAACAAACGACGCUCCAAUCGUUCGAACGAUGAGCCCAUCGAUGGCUAUUAAACAGCAUCCGCGUCUAUCGCUCGUCACCCCUCCCAUGGAACUGCGCAACAGUCCAGCCAGUCCGCCCAUUUCGCAGUACCAGAAUCAGCCGCAGACAUCACCGAAAAUGGAUAAGUCGACUGUAAUCCAACCGGUUUUGCAACUUUUGGUUUCAGAAAUGGCAAGUCAUUUGUCGGAAUCAGUCGCGGUGGUCAAAGAGGACGAGAAGAUGGCCACUGCCGAAGUUUCACGUAUCGCCUUCCAGUGUCCUUACUGUGCUAAAGAAUCGUUUUCUUCAUUGGCCGCGCUCAGCCUUCACGUCCAAACUCUUCACAGGCCCUUGCGUCGCUGUGAUGGCCGAUAUGGCGGCGCUGAUGCCGGACAACAAGGACUACUCUACGCUUGUCAGUUAUGCACGUUGCGUUUCGGCAAUUUGCCCACUUUGCAGCUACACACUUUAUCGGCUCGUAGUCUGGCUGAUCUCUACAAUUUUAUUUCCAGCACCGGCGGCCAAAAAUUGGACCACCUACUGACAAAUGUAACAGGCAAAAUUUCCUGACUGAUCUAAGUUGCCCAAGCAACGGAAUGAAGUGGAAGAAGAAAUUGAAGGCCGUUUUUCUUGCCCGCAAUGUCCGUCGGAAUUUAAACAAUCUGAAAUCGAAGCGUUUUAGGCACACGUUGCUGGCCAUUUGAUGUCCAGGUGGAACGAGUAUGGCUGCUCGUUAUGUGUUAAGAGCUCUACUACACCAGACGAACUUCAAAAACAUAUGCUGGACAUGCACGCCCAUCAUCUCUAUCUAUGCGCCCUCUGCAAAGAAACGUUUGAUUCUAAAGUGUCUAUCCAAGUUCAUCUGGCCGUUCAGCACAGCAGCGAAUCAAAACUUUUAUUGAUGCACGGGCUGCCCGCCAACGGAUGAAACGUCUUCCGAUUUCCGCACUGAAGAGGAGCUCAGCAUCCACGUCACGAAUUCCGCCUGUUAAGCAACAGCUGAAGGCCCUACUUAAAUGUCCACUUUGCCUGCAGUCCUUUGCGGUUGAAUUCUUGCUGGAACGGCAUAUGCAUCUAACUGAUCAAGGUCAUAGAUUACGUUUAAUCGAAGCAGCGUUGACGGUUUUGAUUUGCGAGAGUUCGACCCCGACUAAAGAGGAAAAAACAGACAAAUCGGAAAAUAACUCGACAACAUCCACGGCGCAGAACUUGAGCCCCAAUUGCGCUUAUUUCGGCGAAACGUGCAAAUCAAGAUCGGAGCUGGAGGCUCACAUGAAGAAUGCCCAUCAUCAGCCAAAUAGCACUGGUUCGUCUAGCUCUAAUUACCCUUCCCACUUUUCCAAUUGACCAAAUUUUGAAGUUUGUAUAAAAUACAUAAUUUGGAUUCAGAGUGAAAUGAAAAUCACGGAAAUUAAAUUCGUUUUUCAUUGGUCUCAUAAUUUUUGAACUUAUUGUAAAAAAGUUCAUUUUUUUUCUAAACAUC